AUGGCCAUCCGAAAAGUUUUUUUUGUUUGUCGCUCUUUGUUUAAUGAAAUCAUUUCGGUCUACUGUCUAAUCCCAGGUGGCGCUUUCGGUGUCGAAGGGCUUCAGGCGACGACUCCUUCUACGGGUUCCCACUCGGUUGAAAGGGACAAUAGGGAACAUGCAAGUCAAGACGAAAUUGAAGAAAUCAAGCCAACCUCUCAUAAAUUAGGCCGCCACGAAACAAAUUCGAAUUACAGACCGCUGGAGUUAGUCUGGUGCGAGUUAGAUUUCAAAGAUUCGAAACUCCGUUUGGAUUCCAAGUAUUGGCCCGGAAUAUGCCAACAAACUGAAGUCAACAUAGAGGCGUGUGAAGUAGUUGAUCUCGCCACAGGAGAAAACCAACUUGCUCCGCAAAUGAUAGCGCAGAGGGAUCGGGAUGAGGACUCGACUACUUGGAAAUUGAAGAAAGAAGUUCACCAGAAACAAUAUUGGUCGGUUCAGUUACUCGGCCUAUCAGACUCAGUCAUGCGAACGGAAUCUCAAUUGUUACCUUGGCUGUAUCGCCCUAUCGAAGAAUCUGUUUGGAGCGUCAUAUCAACUGGGAAGUUACCAAUCCCAGAGUAUGUUCUAGACCCCAGUAAGCCGAUGCCAAGUCUCGCCAGUCUCUCGAAUCCAGUAAUCGGUAGAUUACAUUUUCAACUUGCGAUUCAGAUUGGAGCGGAGAUCGAAGGAGUAUGGGCUCCAGCUCAGUACUCGAAGGCACCGCGCACCAUUCUCGAGAUACCUGAUGAAAAGCAAAGUUUAUCAUCAGACAACUUCGCAAGGAGCGAUUGUACGCAAUGCAAAGCUGUGUGGCUCGGGGCCGAAAAAAUUUGUACUCAAGAUCUUGUUCGACUCAAACUGCUAGAAAACCCGCACCAUACAUCCCCUGAUGUUGUUAAUCUUGAUACUAUUACUAGCAAGCAAGUCCUAUUUCUGCAUAUCAACUUCUUUAGGAAGAACCAGCAUUCCAAAUCAGCGAUCGCGGGAGGCCGGAUCUUCGAAUUGGUUCCACAAAAAGCUUCGGAAGAAUCAAUUGCCGCCAGUGCACUCCGGCCAUCGAAGAAUGCUUGGUUAAGGCAGUGUGCUGACGAGGUACCCAAAGGCGCUAUCUUGACGUCCCCGGGCGAAUUGCCACCGGCUCCGAAGGGAUUCAAGUUCUCACAGAUUACGCCGGAGCAUUCAAUCCAUCAUCUCGAGAUCGGUUGUAUCGCUGGAAGAUAUUAUUCUCCGAGGGUUGAUCACGACCGACUCGGGCGAUUGAGACAUCAUUUCGCGACGAAAACUGAACCAGGUAAUCCAACACCCAACUCGGAUGACCCAAAAUUAAAGGGCCUUGCAAGCUUGCUAGGAGUCAGAAGUGGUCAAGAAAACUUCAUGCGGUACGUACCUAAGUCACGCAUGCUUAACGUCCUCGAGCUUUGA